AUGGUGGAUGCGGGCCGCGUCAACGUGCCCAAGUCGUGGCAGGCCGCCCUCGACAAGCUGCCCACCACCGCCGACGUCCGCGCCGCGUCCUCCUCCCCCAUCGUGCGGGGCGAGGUGGACUACCGGGCCCUGGUGGCCGCCGUGGAGAAGAUGGACCCCUCUGAGUUUGCCGGCCUCGACAUCGACGCGCUCGCCGCUCAGUACUCUGCCGCCGGCGCGCGCGGGCGGUGA